AUGUACUAAUACUUGGAUGUUGCUUGUUUUUAAGGAUGAUGCAUGUGUGGAUGUUCGUCGACGUGUUGGAUCGAAAGAACUCCAAAGAAAGCUUUCGAGUGAAUCUUCAAUCACAAUCGAAUCUUGCUGGCUCCACGCACGAAUCAGCAUUUUUUGAAAGAGCAAUAGUGCGUCCAGAGUGACGUACCUGUUCUUUCCGCUCCACGUCUCAUGAAGACGGCAAAGCUCGCAUUCAAAGGAACAGGGCAUCGAACCAAAACAACGACUCGACUCGACUCGACCCGGCAUUCUGGUACCGUCGGGGAUAAAGACGAACCAAGGUCCUGACCACACUGCUAAACCUCUACAGCACAAAACCUCCAGUGCGAGGAACCACAUUCGUCACACCGUGGGACCACAAACAGAAGUAUCAAAACAACGACUGGGGAAAGCGAAAUGCGAGAGAAAGUGCGGGGAGAGGACGAACCAGGUUCACCCAGAACUCCGCGGAUGGUCAACUCGAGCGCUCGCAUUCAUUUAUCUAUAGGUAGGAACAGAAGGAGCUUCGUCUCCAAACAACGACUGGGGCGAGCAUGGACUCGACUCGACUCGACUGGGAGACGAACCAGGGUUCACGGCCACACUGCAAGCAGUUCUCUACGGCACCGCACCAUAGAAGCCAUAGCACACACUAGCCAGUUUCGACACAAAAGCUCUAGAUAGCACAAGUAGCCACAAUCGUCACACCGUGGGGCCACAAUACUGUAGUUCUAGAGACGAGACAGAAAAAAUAACCACCGCUUGAGCCAUCGAGCAUCCCCGACAGAUCGAGAGCCCUUCGUUCGAAAGCAAGUUCGGCUUUUCCCUUGCUUUCUCGGUUUGAUUUGGCUAGGAAGCUAGAAAUAAGCGCUUGGAAUGCAACCUCCAUACCGUAACUGCGUACCCAAGAAGCAAUUCCUUACCCAAUGCGAUCAUUCUUUAACUCGUUCUUUCACUCGGCCACGGGCCGCCCGCGAACAACUCGCUUUUUGCUGCAUUUGAUAAAAGCUUCCCGCCCAUCACGAGCGCUGGUUAUCAGUCGGGCUUUUCUGACUUGCACUUUUACGGUUUCGCUUCGUUUCAUCCGAGGAGGAAAGCCGAAAAUCAAAUCAUUUCAGUGCUUAUACAUACGGUAGCCUCGGAAGAGAGCAAUGUUUGCCUAACCGAAAACGUCCAAAGAUUUUUCCGAGUUCAGUUCGCAAACCAGCUAGCUAGCCAGCAAAAGCAAGUUUCGAUGCGAUGCCCCAGACUCCUUCGUCGCUCCGGUACAUUAGCGAAGCAAAUCAAGCGAGAGACGGAAAGCAAGCUUGUGUUGCUCAUAAAAAUUGAAAUCGAUCAUCCGAAAACAACAACCUUCCUUCCAAAAACAAACGAUCUCAAUGAAACUUCUUCAGGCUCCCCUCGCUUCAAUCUUGCUCCUUGCAUCGACUGCAAAAGGGCACCUUCGUCGCGCAAAGGACGACCAUGAACCCCCUAGCCAUGAUGAUGGCAUUGCUCCCUCCGGCUCUCAGAGGGCUGGAGGCGUGGAAAUCUUUGGCUUGGUUUACUACCCUGAGAGCACAACAUCUGUGUGGCGAUCAGGUGCGGGUCUCACUGGUACAAUCCCAACAGAGGUUGCCCUACUUACCAAGCUUACUACCUUGUGGUUGAGUUCCAACGAUUUGACGGGCCCAAUCCCCACGGAGCUUAGUCGUCUUACUGAGCUAAUUACCCUGGACUUGGACUUCAACCAACUGACUGGUCCUCUCCCAACUGGGCUGGGAUCUCUAACAGAGUUGACUCAUUUAUGUUUUUGGGACAAUGAUUUGACUGAAACCAUUCCAACUCAAUUUGGAUAUCUCACAGCACUUAACAAUUUGUGGUUGUCUCAAAACCGAUUGACAGGAACCAUUCCUACAGAGCUCAGCCAAUUGAGCAACCUUUAUGGGCUGUAUCUUGAUGACAACCAGCUGCGUGGAACAGUCCCUUAUGACAUUUGUGUCUCCUGGCUGACGGUAGACUGCUCAGUGACAUGUGCUGCCAAUUAUUGCCCUUGCACCCAGAUGGAUGCCCCCUGUCCAGAAACUCUCCCCCCAACCGAUCCACCGGACUCACCUGACCCUCCACCGGAUGUCUGCUUUUCACUUGCCACCACUGUUGAUGUGAAAGAUGUGGGACCUGUUGCUUUGAGAGACUUGGAUGUGGGCAGUGAAGUCCUAACCAAUGCUGUGUCUGGUACUUAUGAGAGAGUCUAUGCCAUUGGCCAUUACAACGCAACGUCACCAACUGAAUACUUGCAAGUUUCUUGUGCUGAAGACGAAUCUCUUGGUUCUCCUCCACUCGAGAUUACUCCAAGCCAUUUUGUGUAUUUGAAAGGCAAAGCUCAUCCCGUCCGAGCAGAUGAACUCAAGGUGGGCAAUGUCAUGGCAGGGUGCACCAUCACUGCUAUUGACACAACCACACGUGAUGGAUUUAUGUCUCCUUGGACUCCAAGUGGAAAAGUUGUUGUGAAUGGGAAGUUCUUGGCAUCCAUUUAUGCAGAUUAUGAGGAUUCCAAGGUACUGUUUGGUCCCUACAACAAUGCUGCACAGCAUGCUGGUGUUGCUCCCUUUCGACUCUACUGCAAUCACAUUGCACCGAACAGUAAAUUCUGUCUGACUCAUUCUGAAGAAGGAAUUCCCCUUGGCCUGCAUUUCUGGAAAGACUUGUUUGACAAUGCUGUUAAUCAGCCCAGUUUGGUGAUCCAAAUGAUCUGUUUGUCUGGGGUUUUCAUGAUUGCAGCUUUGGCCUGGAUCAUUGAACGGAUGUUGAUGGUACCUUUUGUGUUGUAUGUUGUGGUCCUUGGUACCAAUAUGUCAGGCCUUUUGAAGCCUAGGAUUGGAAGUAAGUAAGGGCCAGCAUCAAUGAAGACAAGACAUCCAGAACAAGUUUGAAAUCCAG